UCUCCGCCCCGCCCCAGAAGCUGCUGCCCUCCUAAUUCGUCAUUGGCCCACCUUUGCUGGGCGAGGAAACUGAGGCUCAGAGAGGGUAAGAAAUUUUGCCUAAAGCUUCACCGCAAAUCGAAACAGAAGUUGGAAGCCAGCAGCCUGUCCACCCACCCCCACAAUUUCUGAACCCGGAGUAGCUCUGAUCAUUCGUAUUUUGUCCUCGCCUCCCACCUUUGUGUCCCAGCUCCUCACGGCGUGCGGAACUCCGGCCCCGAGGCGAGGAGGAGUAAGGGUUGCGCGAGGAGAGGCGGCGACCCCCGCUGGCUGCCCGCCGUUCCCUUUAAGAGCAGGCCCCGGCGGGACUACGUUUCCCAGAAGGCUUUGCCGGCGCGUUAUGUAACUUUCCCUGCGAAGCGGCCUCUGGGGCAGAAGGAGGUGGAGGUGGCGGCGGCCGUUGCAGCGGCGGCGGAGAGAGCGGCGGGAGCCCUAGGUGGCGGCGAGAGCAGCCCAUCGUGGGACCCGAGCUGUGCGCCUCGGCUCGGAGCCCGGACCGGGCGAGGGCGCCGACGUGCCUCGGCCUGCCUUUGCGAGGGAGGCGGGAGUGAGCAAAAAGGCUUAAGGCCCAGGGGGCGGGGAAGGGGGGCCGGGCCUGGAUCCGGCGGGGAGGCCGAGCCGGAGGCCGGACCGUGGCUAGCGCUGUCCCGGGGACGCGGAUCGCACGGCGGCGGCGGCGCGAAUCGCACGGCGGCGGCCGGUGGAACGCGGGGGCCGGGCGGCGCGCGGACUGGGGCCAUGGCGUCUGUGCAGGCGUCCCGCCGCCAGUGGUGCUACCUGUGCGACCUGCCCAAGAUGCCGUGGGCCAUGGUGUGGGACUUCAGCGAGGCGGUGUGCCGCGGCUGCGUGAACUUCGAGGGCGCGGACCGCAUCGAACUGCUCAUCGAUGCCGCCCGCCAGCUCAAGCGCAGCCACGUGCUUCCCGAAGGCCGCUCGCCCGGGCCCCCGGCCCUUAAGCACCCGGCCACCAAGGACCUGGCUGCGGCCGCCGCACAGGGGCCCCAGCUGCCGCCCCCGCAGGCCCAGCCCCAGCCAUCAGGGACUAGCAGCGGCGUCUCAGGCCAGGACCGCUAUGACAGGGCCACAUCAUCGGGCCGCCUCCCCCUGCCCUCGCCGGCCCUGGAAUACACUCUGGGGUCCCGCCUGGCCAAUGGGCUUGGCCGUGAGGAGGCUGUGGCAGAGGGGGCGCGAAGGGCCUUGCUUGGCUCCAUGCCUGGCUUGAUGCCCCCUGGGCUGCUAGCAGCUGCAGUGUCUGGCCUGGGAAGCAGAGGCCUGACGCUGGCACCCGGCUUGAGUCCUGCCCGGCCCCUCUUCAGCUCUGAUUUCGAGAAAGAGAAGCAGCAGAGGAAUGCGGACUGUCUGGCAGAACUGAACGAGGCCAUGCGGGGCAGGGCAGAGGAAUGGCACGGGCGCCCCAAAGCAGUGCGGGAACAGCUACUGGCGCUGUCCGCCUGCGCCCCGUUCAAUGUGCGCUUCAAGAAGGAUCACGGGCUGGUGGGGAGGGUGUUCGCCUUCGAUGCUACUGCCCGUCCUCCAGGAUACGAGUUCGAGUUGAAGCUCUUCACGGAAUACCCCUGUGGUUCCGGCAAUGUGUACGCAGGCGUCCUGGCGGUGGCUCGUCAGAUGUUCCACGAUGCUCUGCGGGAGCCGGGCAAGGCACUGGCCUCUUCGGGCUUCAAGUACCUCGAAUAUGAACGCCGGCAUGGCUCAGGAGAAUGGCGGCAGCUGGGUGAGCUACUGACCGACGGUGUCCGCAGCUUCCGCGAGCCAGCUCCCGCAGAGGCCCUUCCCCAGCAGUACCCAGAGACGGCCCCUGCGGCUCUUUGUGGCCCACCCCCGCGAGCCCCAUCCCGGAACCUAGCGCCCACGCCGCGCCGUCGCAAGGCAUCCCCCGAGCCUGAAGGCGAGGCGGCUGGAAAGAUGACCACCGAGGAGCAGCAGCAACGACACUGGGUAGCACCUGGUGGCCCGUAUUCCGCUGAGACCCCUGGUGUGCCCUCACCCAUUGCCGCCCUGAAGAAUGUGGCCGAGGCCCUGGGUCAAUCACCCAAGGACCCUGGCGGAGGUGGGGGGCCUGUGCGUGCAGGGGGUGCCAGCCCUGCAGCCUCCUCCACGGCCCAGCCUCCAACCCAGCAUCGCCUGGUUGCCCGCAACGGUGAAGCCGAAGUCAGUCCCACAGCGGGGGCCGAAGCUGUCAGCGGGGGUGGCGGCGGCACCGGGGCGACCCCUGGGGCCCCCCUGUGCUGUACCCUGUGCAGGGAGCGGCUGGAAGACACCCACUUCGUCCAGUGCCCCUCGGUGCCCGGACACAAGUUCUGCUUUCCCUGCUCGCGCGAGUUCAUCAAGGCACAGGGCCCGGCUGGGGAGGUGUACUGCCCGAGCGGAGACAAAUGCCCGCUGGUGGGUUCCUCCGUCCCCUGGGCCUUCAUGCAGGGUGAGAUCGCCACCAUCCUUGCUGGAGACAUCAAGGUUAAGAAAGAACGGGACCCGUAGGCCACCACUGCCUCCAGGCCACUGGCCACCACCCUCUGCCCCUUUGCCACCCACCGCUGCCGCGGAUAAAUUAUUCCCUCCCCGACCUAGCCCAGUGCCACCCCUACCUGUGUACAUACUCCCUUCCUCUGCACAGACGGGUCCCCUGGGGUAGAUGCAUUGUGGGUGGGGGGAGAAAGCUUGUGGUUCCUGUCCGAGGGGGUGUUUGGGGUCCCUUGGCCCCUCCAGUUUCCCUCUGUCCUCCUUGGCUUGGCUUUGCUGCUGCUUGUAGUUGGGGGAGAGGUGCCCCCUCCUCCUUGAGAAGGGACCUCCUGAAAACUCGCUCUUUAUAAACCCUCUCCCGCCCCCUUCUGCUCCUUCAAUAAACCGAAAGAUGGGUUUUUUUUUC